GGUGAAGGUUCCAAGUGAUGAAUCCGAACAAAACGAAGAAGCCCGAUUCUGUCUCACUCUGCAUGCAUGAUAUCACUCCUUCUAUUAUAUUUGUAAGAUAAUAAAUAAACUUCAUCUCUUGGCUUUGCUUCAAUUGACAAAGGAUGAUGGAGGAUGAAAAGACAACAAACAAACAUGGAAAGAAGAAAAUACACACUUCUUUAGGAAGUAUAACUAUUGGUGGUGAAGGUGGAAUUACGGGACUUCUUGUGUUCGGUGGAGCAUUGGCUAUUGCAGGUUUCAUGGCUGUGACUUCUUUUGGAAGCAAACAACAUAAGAAAAAACCCAUCAUCCAUCCUCACCACCAACAAUUAUUAUUGGCUGACGAUAAACACUCUCUUCAAAAUUCAACAUCCCAACUUGAGGAGGAUGCCACAUCUUGUUUGACAUCCAAUGAGUGCACCAAGACAAUUAGUUCCUUUGAGUUGCUCUCUGAACAACCAUUGAUUCUGGAGGGGAAAAUCAACAAUGAGCCCAGUAAUACUUGCUUCCAUCAUCAAGAAAUUGCCUUCUCUGACCACUCCCAUCCAGAAAGUGCAUCAUCAUCAAAUGAAAACGCAGUUGCUGAAGAAUCUUCGGGAGAGGAAGAGAAGGAUGAACCUCGAGAAGGCCUAACAACCACAGAAACAGAGGAUGAACCUCAAGAUGACAUAACAACCACAGAAACAGAGAACACCGAUGAUGAUGAUGAUGUCACAUACACCGACGAAGAUACCUCAAAAGCAACUGAGACUACCUCCCUUGAUGACAAGGAAGGGCUGAUAGAACAAGAAUUCAAGAAAUAUUACUGUGAAAGCAAUGUUUGCAGUGACUUAUAUGCAAACGAUGGUUCACGCUAUGUUGGAAAUGAAGAUGCAGUACAAAAAGAAGCAAUUUUGAACGAAACAGCGAAUUUCACUAUGCUGCAAAAGGAACAACCAUCAAUAUUGACAUCCUGGGUUAUGCCCAUGCUGAUGUUAGGAUUGCUAAUGCUCCUAGUUCUGCUGACCCGUGGCUUACAGGAAUCUCUUAAUGUUCUUGAUGAUGCGAUUGAUGGCAUUUAGCAUGGGAAAGUGGAAUUGUUUCCGACCAUGGGAAAGUAUUUUUUGGCCAUCAGAUUAAAGAGAAUCACCAAUCUUAUUAUAGUAUGCACACACUAUAUCUUUCCCAACUUUGUCUUCAACCUCACAAUCAUUUCUCUCUCCUUAUAACUCACUCACCUACCACAAGCUGCCUAAAUUGCAAGAUCAAACCAACUAUGGAUAUCAUUUCAACAGCUUGAAUCACACAAAGUGCUCCUAACAUUUUAUUCUCUCUUUCCAUAUUUUUUUAAUUCAAGUUUCAGUGACAAAUGGGUCACUAUUUUUCUCUAAAUUGACCAUUGAUUUUAGUUUGUGUUCCUUAAUGAAACUCACAGUUUUUAAUUUAUAGGAAAUCCCAUGCUAUUUUGGAUUUUGAAUUUCUCUGGAUAUUAUUUCGAAUCUUGUAUUUUUUAGAGGUAUAAUCUCACACUUUUAUCAUGUAUUUCCUUCAAUCUCACAAAUCUUGUAUCUGGAUAUUGGAUUUCCCAUGCUUUAAUUUUGUAAGGACGUAUAUAGAAGGUGCAACGAGGUGGUGAGGGCAAAGAGGGAGAUGGGUUGUGGAGGAUGUGUUGUCGUGGAAGAAUAGAAUGGUGG